CUCUAAUGAGGAAGAAGGCAGAGUGCUGCCUGGGCUCCCGGUCCGUUCCGAGCAGUAAGAAGUUAGUGCUCUGCCUUCCCUGGCACAGCCCGGUGCCCACCCUCGGCUCCACACUGGCAUGUGUGACUUGUUGGCCUCUGUUGGCUCAGCGCUCCCAGGCUUCCCCAAGUUUCGCUCCGCCCCGCAGGAAUCGGCAGCAGAGAGAUUAGUUGGCACCGGGACUGCCCGGAGAAGGUCCUGCCCGCACCCACUGGCUAUGGGAUCCAGAGCCCGGGCAUGGCGGUAGCUGCAGCAGGAGCGCUCCGGAGCGGCUGGCUGGAAGUGCUGGUGCGGGGCCGCUGGCACAAAGUUCUGGGCAACUUGUAUGAGAGCUCCCUGGUACUGAGCAGCCCGGAGCGGCCGGAGGAUGCCCCCAGCUCUAACAGCAUGACCAAUGGCACCAACAGCAGCCCCCAGGGGGUCCGGACUGCCUUCACCGAACUGCCCGACACCGUGCCGGAGGCCAUUGCCAACAAGAAGAGGGCAGUCAAGGUGGUCAAACAGGAGCUGGGGGGGCUGGGCAUCAGCAUCAAGGGGGGAAAGGAAAACAAGAUGCCCAUUCUCAUCAGCAAGAUCUUCAAGGGGCUGGCAGCGGAUCAGACCCAGUCCCUGUAUGUGGGAGAUGCCAUCCUGACUGUCAACGGGCUGGAUCUGAGGGAUGCCACUCAUGAUGAGGCGGUGCAGGCACUAAAGAAGGCUGGCAGGGAGGUGAUCCUGGAGGUGAAAUACAUGAGAGAAGCAACGCCCUACGUGAAGAAAGGAUCCCCCGUUUCGGAAAUAGGGUGGGAGACGCCUCCUCCAGAAUCCCCGCGAUUAGGGAACACAUCCGUAUGUCCGCCCUCGCCCGUUGCUCUUUCCAUCCAUGGAGACAGGAAGAGCAUCCCUCUGAAGAUGUGCUACGUGACCAGGAGCAUGACAGUGCCUGAUCCAGAGAACAGAAAUCUGGAGUUGCAUUCACCUGACGCAAAGCACACGGUUGUCCUCCGAAGUUCUGACCCAGUCACCGCGCAGGCCUGGUUUAAUGCUAUACACUCAGCUGCCUCCGAUCUGGUCAGCAGGGUGAUAACGGAAGUUAAAGAACAAUUAGGGAAAACCGGGAUCUCGGGAAGCACGGAUAUUGGACAUUUGGGCUGGCUGGCGGAAAAGGUACUUGGAGAGAAUGAGAAGCACUGGAAAGCGGUCCUGAUGGUCCUGACAGAGAAGGAUCUGCUCAUGUAUGAUUCCAUGCCUCGCAUGAAGGACGCCUGGCUCAAUCCAGUACAUGCCUACCCACUUAUAGCCACAAGGCUGGUCCAUUCCGGCCCUGGGAAAAUAUCUUCCCUUCCUGGCACAGAGUUCUCAUUUGCUACCCGGACAGGGUCGAAGCAAGGGAUUGAGACCCAUUUCUUUAGAGCCGAGACCAACAGGGAUCUCUCCCUCUGGACCAGGUCUAUUGUACAGGGCUGCCACCACUCUGCCGAGCUUGUGAAAGAGAUAUCAACUCCUUGCACUUACAAGAAUAAUGAGUGUCGCUUGGUUAUAAACUAUGACCAUGGAUUCUUACUGACCUCCGAAGCCUUGGAUGGUACCUAUUCCCGACCCCUGCUACAGUUUCCCUAUGAAAAACUGAAAAUGUCAUCUGACGAUGGAGUUAAAAUGCUCUAUUUAGACUUUGGGGGCAAAGAUGGAGAAUUACAACUGGAUCUCCAUUGUUGCCCAAAGCCGAUAGUCUUCAUCAUCCACUCGUUCCUGUCCGCUAAGAUCACAAGGCUUGGCUUGGUGGCCUGAGAAUAAAGGAGCCGUGGGUGAAGAGACGGGCGCUUGGAUCUACCAGACAUCUGUAAAGAUACAGUAAUCCAUAGAUAGGAUCUGCAGGCUGAAAAGUAUUGGAUCGGAGUUUGGUGCGGGGGAUUCAGUUUCGACCAAUCAGGAAGCUCAAAGGGGAGAACUACCAGAUGCAAAAAAAAUAAAACAAGGGCAAUGCAUUGUGUGUUGCUCUAAAGCACUUUAUAUAUAGAAGCACAGGAUGUGCAUAUUUUAUAAUAAUCUGUUUCUGCCUUCAUACAUCAACUGCCAAAUUCUCUGCUCAGUCCCUUAACCCCUUUAUACCCAUUUGGUUUCUGGCAAAUUGUAUUCAGGUUACGCACUGUGUUGACUUAGUUUAUGAGUACGGUGGGCAGAUCCGGCCAAAUGAUAAUCCUUAGAGGGACAUUAGAUUCUCUUUGCAGAAGGAUCACAUUCUCUGGCAAAGGACUUAAAGGCACAUUGUAGCCAAAAGUAAUAUGUUCCUUUAUAUUAAUAUUUUAUAACAUUUGCGUAAAGGAACGUAAGAUAAAGAGGUUGUAUCAUCUCAUACUAUCAUUGGCUCCCAACCUGCCGGGUCCUCUAGGGAGUGGGACCUGCCAACUAAGUAAAUGUGACCAGAGUCUGACUGGGGUACCCAGGGCCCACCAGAUACAUGACUCAAGGGUCCACCACCCAGCCAUAGCAGCUCCCCACACCCUUCCUUACCCCUAAACACACCUCUGAUCUGCCGAAACCCCACCCACUCCAAGGCGUAGCUGCACCCUAAUCUAGACUACUGUGGCUUCCCAAGGUAGUUACUAAGAGGGGGCCCCCUGACAUCACUCCCCUCUGUCCCCACAUGGUUUUUGGUAAACAAUGAGAACUUUUCAAUAAUUAUUAAGGUGCAAUUGGACGCUUAGCUCUAGUCAUUAAUACCUCCAUGCUCUG